AGACCAGAGACCAGGCACAUACUGUUGUGGCUGUAUGUUCUGGAUUUAACGCUGUCUAUCCUCUCCCUAUAGCCUUUUCUCCUCUGCUGCACUUGUCUGAAAGAUACGUCACUGUGUGCACAUCGUGUGCACCUCACGGAUGGUGAAUUUUUCUGUCGAACUUUUGCUAAAUAGUUAGGCUAUUGUUUCGGUUGUAGGGACAUUGCUGUUCAUUCUCUGAAAAUAAUGCUGGAUACUGAGGAAAGCCCUGUGGCGUUGUUGCUUAAGGCCAAUAUUUGCUUCCCCAAAGAAGAGGCCCCGGGGCCUCUGUGGUGCUCCGAUGUCCCUCACCCACAGCUGAAGAUCCCGGGUGGGAGAGGGACUGGAAGGGAUCCUCCUCUCCAAAAGCUCCUCCACAAUGAUGGUAGGUUGACGGUGACUCAGGUGACUUCUGUGCAUGGAGUCUUUCCCAUCCUAUACUUUAACUACUGGCUGAGCGAGCACCAUAGUGUAUGCUGGAAGACGGUGGUGACUGCAGAUAACCUCUUCCUGGAAAUCCCAGGCACUCUCCCAGAGGGUAGUAAAGAAGGUCUAACCAGUCUUCUCGAGUUUGCAGAGGAGGAGUUGGGAGUCAGCCACGUGUUUCUUUGGUUCUCCAAAAGCAGGGAGGAUCGAUCCGUUCUUACCAGAACUUUCCACUACAUGGGCUUUGAAGUUGUGAAGCCAGGCCACCCUCUGUUGCCCGUAAGGGCAGACCUUCUUUUCCUAGUCUAUUCCAUGGCACCGGCCUGCUCUGAUGAAGACUGAACUGAAAAUAUGGAUGGAUACAGUGGAUUGUUAUUAUUUAUUGUGGACAGAUAUGACAAUGAUUGAAACUGGAGCAAUAUUUGAUUCCAGAUUAACUCUAUUUAGAAUUAUUUAGUGCCUUGUCCCUACAGUCUUACAUAGCUUCUUUCAUUACCUUAGGUCUGAUCUGUAACUGGGUUAGAAAGGAUGGAAGUGAUGGAAGCUAGUUAAGCCUACUGGGACUGGCUGUAUCACCUUUUUUGUCUGUUGUCUUGUUUUAUAGUAGCCUACAUGUCACUUCAACUGGAAGAAAGCCCUAAAUGCUGUAGCUCAAAUGCAGACUGGUGGAUGUUUUUGGUUAGUCAGUCUUCAAGAAUAGAAAAAGUGAAGAUUAUCCAUUUGGUUUUUUGUCUUUUUUCGACUUCUAUGUUGCCUGUGUCACAGUUUCAACUCUAAGUGGGUCACUUGGUGCUAAAAAUACUAGUUUUUCCUUCUACCUUAUGUAGUUGCAAUACAAGUCUUAAAGAGUAGACAGUCGAAUGAUUUUGACUGUUUAUAAAGGACAGUAUAGCACAAGCUAGCCAGUUAUUGGAUUUCUGAUAUCCAAAAUGUCUACUUCUAAUCAUUAGAUUUGCUCAGAUUUAUUCAAUAAUUUAAACCAGUUCAAUUAGUUAUAUUACUGUGCUGCCAUUAGCUGAAUCUGUAUUCCUGUAGUGAGUGAAUUAUCUAUGAUAGCUUUUCAAGACACUCACAAAUGCAAAGAUUUUCUUGUGCGGUUUGUUUUUUAGAAAGCCAUCCCAUUGCUCAGUCAGACCUGCAGUAGGGUAGGAAACUCAAGUUAAUGCUUGCGAAGCUUUUUUUCCAUGGUUGUGCAUUUAACCCUCAGAAUUAUUUGGCAUUUGUGUGAGAACGUAUUAGCCACCUUCUGCAAAUUUGUAGCUGCACAUAUUUUUACUUAACCAAGUGCACAUUAUGUAGCUAGAUAUCCAAAAUUUCACAUUCCAUACCCAUGCAAUGGUAAUCACAGGGUAGUGUAAAUUGUCAAAUAAACAUCCUAUUUUGUC